CCUCAACCAGUUGACAUCCUUUAUGGCGGUUCAGACAAUCCUCUGGCGAAUGUCAUCGCUGCCAAGAUGUCGAUUGAGCCCAUAUUGGCUCCCGAACACUUCGCCUGGUCAUGGCUGAUGUACCUCUAUGGUAUGUGGCUUAUCGACCCGACCCAAGAUCGAUUUGAAGCUCUACCAAGCUGGCUACACCCAACCACCUUGCAACUAUCAGAACUCCAUCCAUCUAGCGCGGAUCUUGUGAUCUGGCCUGUCAUGAGAGACAAUAUCAUCAGAUAUUCCGCGACUUUAGAUAUGGCUGCUGUACACAGCCUGUUUGUCUGCACUUGUCGUCUCCGAGGGGCAUUUAAUGCAAAAUUCAUAAAGCGGACUAACAACGGCGACCUAGAACUUGAUACUGCUUUUGAAAGAAUUUUCUUGGAUGUGGAAAAAUGGGGUUUGCUGGACAAGUUUUGGGUCACGUACCCACAAUUGGUAGAAAAGCUCGAU